AAUCAUUAUUUUACAGGAUGGGGAAAGAAGAAGCGGUCGACAUGCAGUGAAUGUUCACGAAUGUCCGAUUUGAGCGAGGAACUACUCGUGGAAAGAAUGUGUCCAUAUUUGAAGAAAGCAGAGCAGAGAGCGUCGGGUACCAUGGCUUUCCUGUCCAAACUGAUGUCAGAAAUGGAAGAGGGAUACCCCGCAAUACAAAAAAUCUUGCAUUAUGAAAACACGUCAGACGAAGCAAAAGUAACCAUGACCGUAAAGGAAGGAACAACCAGCUAUGUGAUACGGAAUUUCAGCAGGAUGAACAACAGGCGAGCAGGGGGAAUCCUAGCCCGGUACAUUUUCAGGAGAGCAACGACUGGUGCUUAAAAAGCAAUGUGAGAAAU